AUGGACUACUCGUAUCUGAACCAGGCCGCGGCCGCGGCGGCCGCCGGUUUCGAAGCGUCCAGCUGCGCCCUGGCUGCCGGCGAGAUGCAAUGCAGCUACGGUGAUCUGAGCUCGUGCUCGCAAAUGAGCCAAGCUUAUCGCUACACCGCGGCGCGGGCCGCCGGUUAUCCCGGUAACGCGGCCGCCGGUGCCGCGGCCGCUGCCGGUGGCAAUCCGUUAUCAGCCCAUCACACAGCACACCCCCACGCCCACGCACACCACGGGGCCCAUUCGACCCCGUGCUCCGUAAUGGCCGCCAGGUCCCAAGAAGUUCAUCGGCAUGCCGCUUCCAUCUUCCCCUCGGCCAUUAAUCUACAGAGCGGUUUGGGAUAUAAAGCUUAUUCAGGACAUGACGGCCUCGCAGAGAAGAGAAAACAACGUCGGAUACGAACAACAUUUACGUCAGCCCAGUUGAAAGAAUUGGAACGUGCAUUCCAAGAGACGCAUUACCCGGACAUCUACACCAGAGAAGAGAUCGCUAUGAAGAUUGACUUGACGGAAGCUAGAGUCCAGGUGUGGUUUCAGAACCGACGCGCCAAGUUCCGCAAGCAGGAGAGGCUGGCCCAGCAGAAGUCCACGUCGCAGAGCGGCAUCGGGGCCGACAGCGGCGCGUCUAGUCCUGUGACCGGCACCGUGAAAGCGGAGGGACGCUCGCCGAGGAGUCCCGCGACGCCGCCCGGCGGCUCGAACAGCGUGCUGUCGUCGAACGAGAUCAAGCCGAUCACCAAUCAGAGCCUGGUGAACGUGAAACACUCGGACGGCACGGACGGCGGCUCGCCGAACGCUCGGGGUAGCAGCAGCGGCGGCGGCACCUGGGGCUCCUGCAGUCCCAGGCCCUUCUCGGCGGCCCUGCCGCCCUAUCUGCUGGAUCCGUUGCCGCUAAAGACCGCGAAUCUCUACUAAACCGUCUCCCUCCUCCCCCGUCACUGGCGUGGCGGAGAGUGUAAAUACAGAGAGCCGCCCGCUCGUGAACGCGGAAACGACACGCUGUUCAGAGAGCGCCCCGGAUUUUUCUCGGGCCUCAGCCUCCCGCGAAUCCGUCGGCGUCCACCCUCACAUGCGGUAUCCUUAACACGAAGGACUCCGGUAGGACGCGCUGCUGAUAUUUUUGACAAAGAUACUUUUAGGCAGUCAAGAGGACAGAAGGUGCGGCGGCUUGCUU